CACACGCAUACAUUUUCCCACCAUCACGCGAACAUCUUGCUCAGCGACCGGCAAGUGCGCGCAAGUGACGAUCCCGUGUGGAAGACUCGGUGGUUUUGCGGGGCCGGCGGGGCUAUUGUUCUGUGUGCGUGCUGGCUGUAUCUCGUCACCUUGCAGCCUUCCUUCCCAUCAUUGUUGUGACGAUUCGGUUUCGCGUAUCACGUUGGAGCACGCGUCUUUCCAGCCCACCGCGUCUCCCCAUCCAUCGGCACUUACUUUCCCAUAGGAACGAUGGGAUAUAUUCCAAUAUAAUACCUUCGCGCCAUUACCUUCCCCUAUCACCACCACCACCACCAUUGAAACCUACCGUGCCUGCGUCGUGUUGUCAUCGUCCUUCUCAGCUUUGCGCGUGUGCAUGUGUUUGUGUGUAGGUAGGUUCAUUUGCACCGCGCGCGCAUACACAAAAAAGGCGGGUGAGCAGCAGCAGCCGCCGCCAGCGGCAGCUCACUUCAUCUCACCACUGUGGGCACUGUGCUCAUCUCGCUCCAUCCCAUCCGUCAUACGUCCGGGGUGCUGUGGAUGAGCCGUACCUGUGUGUGUGCGCGCGUGUGAGUAAAUGUUGCUCCGUCACACUCACACCAGCGCAGCGGACCGUACGGCGAAUGCGAAGCGGCCGAAGUACGCGACCGAGAGCGCACGAGAAAACCGAUUCCGUUCGGUUGGGUCGUUUCGAGCGCGUUUAGUCAUUUAUUAUCAUCAUAGCCCAGCACACACCGCACCACACUAGAGCGCGCGCACACAGGCCAGCAAGCAGCAGCGCCCGUGCCCCACACAGAGCGGAGAAAAGCAGCGUGCGUACGACGAGAAAUCACCGUUCGUGUUUUAGUGGUUUCCGUUGCGUUCCCGAAAAGUCAGAGUAGCCCAGUCGUGGUAGUGUGUGCAAUACAACGGAGCACAACGACGCAAAACAGUGCGCGCGCGGAACAAAACCAAAAAAAAACAACGAAAAUUGUGUCCAAGUGUCCGUUUUUUGUGCGUGUGCGCGUGUGUGUGUGUGCGUAAAUAAUUCGCGUUGACACUAACAACCGGCGGCUGUACCGGCGGUUGUACCGGCGGUUUACAGUUUCUGCAAAGGGCUUCGGAAGCUUCGACGUGAACGGUCUCCGCGGGCGGCCGGGUUUGGAUCCCCGACGGGAAAAUAAAACAGCGCCGCCAGUACCCGCGCAAGCAAAGGAUGUGAUCGUUUUCCGGCGAGGCGGAGCCGCAUUCUUAACCCACUGACAGGCGGGAGUGUACAUGUAUCACACGUUUCCUAGCAACCCAGUAUACGGCAUUUUUGCAACCACCAAACCACCAAAAACAAAACAAAAAAUACGAGAGAGAGAAAAUAAUAAUCAGAAUAUCUGACUCCUCCUCGCCUCCGCCCCGAAAACGGCUCCCAAUACUUGCGGAACAACGCUUUAAUGUACGAAUCGCUGUCUGGAGCAAGUCCGUUGAAUGCAAGAGCAAAAAAACACUACCUACCUUUUAUCAGCCCAUUGCAACUGCAAGCGAACAACUUCUAUUGCUAAUUAACUACUACAACAACAACUACUACUACUAGCCUACUAAUACCGCUACUACUACUACUACGGCGUGAUACGAAGAGCGGCAGAAAAGUGCAGCAGAAUACAGCAGGUAUACGAAAUUGUAACAUUGAAGCAGGCCACGAGCGUCUUGAAACGCAACAACCAAGGUAUACACAAACCAACACAAAACACAACGUGCCGGAACGGAAGGAAAGGGGGGAAAAGAAAGCGUAGCUUUAUUUUUUAGCAACAAAAGUUUUACCAAAAAACAACCAACAUACGACAGCGCACACGAUCACAUCAUCAGUGAACACCAGAGUGAAAUUAAAACAAACAAAAGAUUCUUACAAACACACAUCCACCAUUUUGGCUAGCCGAUAGAGCGCGUUCUAUAGGGCGCGCCCUGCCUGAUGAUCUCCUGGAGAGUGUAGCCCGUGAUCGAGCCGUGGGUAAAAGCAGCAGCAGCAGCAGUCGUAAGCGACCCCGCAAGAUCUGCCGGCGCGCGCGGUGUCUGUUGUGGAGCAAGUAUACGAAACUGAUGAUAGAUUUAGAAGUGAAGAUUGCCUAAGCAAAGUACCUUGUGCUGGUUCUGGAGAAAGGGAGAGAGUGGCAAACAACAGCACAAGAACAAAACGACAACGACGCAGAUACAUCACGCAGCGGCACAGCGUUAAGAGAAGUUAUCUUUAUAUACAAAUUAUACAGCCUAUACCUUUAUAUAUACACAAGCGCGCGUGCGGAACAAAAAACGCGAGAUAAACACAAUCACACAACGCCGCCGCUACUGCUUGGUACAUUUCGAAGUCGGUGGAAAAUUUCGUGGUCCAGCAUAUAGGGCAGACGCAUCGCAGGAUCUCAGCACGGGACAGGAACGACAGGUGCGUGGUGCGGUUCGGCGCCCCGAACACCUCCCCCCCCCCUCAAUGAUCGUGAACGAUCGCAUCCGUUUGCAG